AUUAUCCGUGGCCCUGUUGUUUGUAGUACCUACGUGAAAGGAAGUGUUUUUACUACAAUUUAAUUCAAUUUGUUCUGUGUCUAUUUCCGCGUUAAAUUCAUUACCGUAUGGAUUUCAAAUUACUGACUAAAAGCCUCAAUAGUGUUAGUUCUUCUGGAAUUUGAUAUUGAGGUAAUUUAGAGAAUUAUUAUGGUACCUACUUGGUGACUCAACGUUUUUGUUUGUGUGGCUUACUUGUUGAAUAGUAUUGUAGUAGGUACAUUGGUAUCGAUUUUGUGUACAUAAUCAAUAUAAUAGUGAUACGUUAGGUCUUGGGAUAUGGAUAAUCCGCCUGUCCCGAAGCCUCGAAGCGUGUUACCAGCGCAAAUAGAUUCAACAACGAAGCAGCCGGUGCCGCUUCCCCGAACAAAGGUUCCGACUACAGAAAAAUCUAGGAGUACUGCCAUUUUGAGAUCAUUCAGUUCUGUGUCAAAAAUCACGGGAGAUGUGGCCAAUAAAGUCGCUAGUUCGGCGAAAACUGCCAAAACAGACAGUUCAAAGUUUGCCAAAGAAACCCUGGAAAGAACGCUGCAGUCUUCAAGAGCUGUCUUCGACGGGACCAAGUCCAGUUUGAAGCUGCGCAGACAUAAGAGAUUGGAUGGUGAUGAAAAUCUAGCAGAGAAACAUAUGUCCAUGCCAUGUGUCGAUGUCAGUCUCUUUGAAAACAUACAAUUCCAUUCUCCUAUGCUGGAACUGAAGAAGUACAGAAAACAAGAUGGACAUAUUGAAAAUCCUUCUCUGGCUUUAAACAAAACACAGUUUGAUGACAUUUCGAUAUUUUCCAACAACUCUGAUUCAAAUACAGAAUCUAUGAGUGAUUUUUCCCGAGACAGCAUAGAAUUUGAACAUAAUCCAAACAUGAUUGAAAGCGAUCAAAUGACUUAUGAUACCCCAAGACAAUCCAGAACAAACAGCAUGAUCAGUGAGACGGUGGAGAUACCAGAAAGAAGGACGAAGAGGGCUAGUGAGGUAAGCUUUAUGAGAAACAACUCUAUGUAUGAAAAUUGGACUCUGCCAUGUUCAAAAGCUCCCAAAGAAUCUACGCAGGAGGUAAACACUGAAAUAAUAGAUGAGAGACCUAGUAAAAGUACAAUAUUUGAAUUUGACCCUCUGAACACGAGUUCAUCAAGAAAAUAUGAUGGUGUUAGUAAUGAGUUGUUAUUAUUGGAAUCUUUUUUGAUUGGUGACACAUAUGGUUCUAUCAUCUCAAAUGAUGGGCAUGAAGAUCAUUUUGAGUUCAUGGAGAGUGAGCACUUCAAUCCCCCAACGCCACCAGAGAGGUCAGACAGUUUGUUUCCUGAUAUAGAGCCAGUGUUGAUGGAACCAGUUGUCAAAGAUGGUAACAAACCUCUGUGCAAUGAUACAAAAAAGACUCCAAAGUCAGUGAUGCAUAAAUUCACACAAAUAUUAAAAUUAGACUCUAAACUAAAUAAGGUGAAUAAACAAGAAGGGGUGGAUGUGAAAACCGUUGAACGCCCUCCAAUAAAUCAACUACAAGUUCCGUAUUACUGCGGAACUUUGACCCGGGUAGGGUCUGCAGUAGGGGAGGAAAUCUUCAAAAACUCACAAUCGCGGUACUGUGUUCUGUCUGAGCAAAAGUUUAUGUGUUAUACAGACCCAACAAAAUCUGUUCUAAAGGAGGCUUACACACUGGAUAAUAUACACUCAGUGCAAUUGGUCCUGCCUAUAUCUACAAGUACAACGGCGAACUCAUUCUGUUUUGAGCUGUUGGUUUCUUCGGGCAACAGUCGUCAAGCGCGGAAGAUAGUGUUCAGUUCUGAGACUGCUGCGCUUCGUAGGACCUGGACGCACCACUUUGCGGCGCACUUAACCUCCUUCCCUAACAAAUAUACCCUGGACUUCACGAGAUGCGGCUGGUGCUAUUUGAAGGAAGGCGUGACCGGCGAGUGGCAGGGUACCUGGAUGAUACUGCAUCGACGAGUGCUGGCCUAUUACGUCGGCCAGGACACUAAUGUCUGCAAUGUAGAUCUUAGGAAAGCGAGGUGUGUUGCGACCCAAGAAGCGGACGACGACACGAAGUCCACUUGUCAGUCGGAUUGCGGCGACAACUUGUUGCUCGACUGCCCGGACACCACGCUGUACCUGCACUUCCCGCACGAGCGAGAGCUCAAGAGCUGGCGGUUCAUGGCGCGGCUGGCGGCGCACAACAACGGCAGCCAUUUGUACCACCAACAGCUGACCAAGGAAGACGUGCCCGUAGUCGUCGACAAGUGUCUCAGCUUCGUGUAUGCGCAUGGAAGCCUAUCGGAAGGCAUCUACAGACGCGCCGGUUCCAACUUGAUGAUUUCCGACAUCUUGACGCGGUUUCGGCGCGACGCCUGGGCGGUGCAGCUCACCCACGGCGUGCAGACUGAACAUGACGUCGCCGGAGCCCUCAAGAGGUUCUUCAGGGAACUCCCGGAGCCACUCAUACCCAAGGACAAGCAUCAGGAGAUGCUGGAUGCUCAAGCUCUGGAACCCGCAGAGCGGUACGAACUGUAUCGAAGGAUCAUGACGUCACUCCCUCUCGUGGCUGCUAACACAGCUCGGAGGUUGUUCGCGCACCUCCACUUCAUCCAGUCCAUGAUGUAUGCAAACAAGAUGAGUGCCGAGAACCUGGCGGCCAUCUGGGUGCCAACAGUCACGCCUGCUGCUAUGACGACAGACCCUCUUCAGAAUGACUGGAACGCCUAUCUGGUGGUUGUGAAAGAUCUGAUUGCUAACUUCGAGUCUAUCUGGGAGCCAACCGAGGCUGAGAAGCGGCGGGAAGCGGCAAUCCGAAGGGUGCUGGUCAAGGUCUACGGGCCGCCUACCCAGGUGGCUCCCAAGGCAGCUGGCGACCUGAGGACGUGGAUCUACGUACAUGACAGAAACACAUGCCAUCAAAUUGCGUUAACGCCAAGCAAGACAUGUUCAGACAUAUGUAUAGAAUUAUGCGAGAAAGCGGGUACGUACUCCCACCUUUUGAUGCUCGAAGAGAUUGUAUGCGAAAAUUCAAUGCGUCGUAUAAUACACAAAGAUGAGAUUCUUCUAGACGUAGUUCUACGAUGGGGUUACUGGGACGAGGAACAUAUAAAGGACAAUUACCUUCUGUUGAGCGAGAACACGGUCCUACAACAAAUCGACAACUUAAAGGGCUCGGUGGGCGCCAUCAGCGGAAUGUUGAAGUUUGCGAACGAAACCACAAAAACAUAUAAGUCGCAUAUGUUUGGAAUCCAAGAUGGCAGUCUCUGCUACUUUAAAGAUAAGCAGGUAACACAGAAAGUCGAGGAAUGGAAAAUCAAGGACCACCUUUGGUUCAUGGGUCACGAGCUGAAGGCAAACCCGCAUGCGCAGUGGUCGAUCACAUUCGUGCCCAAAAACAACAAGCCUAAACGCAAAGAAAAGUUUGGGUGUACCAUAGCGGGAGCGGUGGCCGACUACCAGCUGAAAUGGAUUGCAGCACUGAUGGUGGCCGAGCAUGCAGACUUGUUGCCUACACCGAGGCUGAUCGACACAUAACACAACCUCCUCAUGUCACCAUCAUCGCUUACCUUUUUCACAUUGUACAAAAAUAUUCAACAAGGCAAACCCUUGUAAUUAGUGAAAUAUUUAAAAGAGCAUUUUAAAAAGUUUAAAGGACUGAUAUGAAUCAUUCGAGUCUAAGGCCAGCUAAUAUUUAAUUUUGAAUUGAGUCCAAAAUCAAAAGGAAAGAAAAUUGUUUUGUUUAAAACAUUAGGCUCCAAAUAAGACUUAAAAGUUUAUUCAUGACUUCAAAAAUAUAUAUAUGUAUAAAUUAUACAAAAUUAGAAACAUACAAUAUAUUAACGUUUAUAUACAAUUUUAUAGAUCUAAGAUAAAUACGAAUGAUAUAUCGUAAUGAAAAUGUAAUUGAGUUUGUAUAAAAAUUAGAUGUGGUAUAUUCCAUUAUUCCAACAACGUCUAUAGUUCUGGUGAAAACUAAGUGCAAAAAUUUAAUUCAAACCAGUAAUGUUAAUUUUAUGUUACUGAGUAAAUUAUUUGAUGACAAAUACCAUAGUAGUAGAUGACUAACAUUCCUGAGAUAUAAAAUUAUAAGUAUAACCUUGUAAUGUGUAAAAAUAUUAAGUAGAAGAAACAUUCGCAAACAAUAAAUAUUUUCGUAAUAUAAUCAAGGGUACUGAACUUGAGCCUGUCUGUAAUCAUCAUCAUCAUGGCAUGCCAUCUUCGAAUUGAAGUUUGGAGGUCAGCAUACGGAAACCCUCGCGGCUUUGGGCCGCUAUUUUCAGUUCGUUGUAUCUAAGUCGGGCCAAUCCUUUAUGUCAUCAAACCACUUUCGUCGAGGGCGGCCAGGAGGUCUUUUGGUUUCUUUGGCCAUAUACAAAGGGGACCCCACUUUGAAUUUCUAAGACUGAUUAUUGAAGGCAAAAUCCCUGUCUGUAAUGUUUCUGAUAAAAAUAAUGCUUUAAAAAGUCUGAUCUGGUGCUAAUAUUGGUAUAGACUUGAAAUGAUCAGAGACCAUUAUACAAUUAUUCUAGGUUAAGUAAAAUAUACUAUGCCGUAUGUGCCUAUUAAAUUGGACUUGCCUUAAUUCUAAUAUUAUUUUCGUACGCAUUUUAGCCAAGGGUCCAUUGGAACCCAGUCGUCUGAGUGUUCAUCAGCGGCGAAAGCCAACAUUAAAGGGGUCUUUUACACCUUUGUAUAAUAGGUGAAAUGGCUGCAUAUGCAGAGGUAUAUAACUAAAUAGACCAUAUCGGACAGUUCUCCGCAUAUUACUGCAGUGCAUUUAAUUUUAUAUAAUUAUACACUACAAUUAAAGUACUAUUCAGAGAAAAGAUUUCAAGCGAAAUCAUAUUCCAUCAUUCCAAAUUUGGAUUUGUUUUAAUAUAUUCGAAUUUAUAGUACGAAUUUUGUAACAAUUAUUUCGAUGUAAUAAUAUUUUAUGCAAACCUGAAAAUGACAAUUUCGCGCAUAGGUUAUUAAUAAUAAUUAACUUAGUAUUUUUCGGCCUUUGCUGCUAUGUAGGCAGUUUUAUAUCUAUAUGUAUAGGUAUUAGUUGUGUGAUACGUAAUAUUGCCAAAGUGUACAAAUCAAUGAAUAUGAACUACGAAAGUAAGAAAAUUAUUAAGUUUUGCAGACGUCUAUCUACUGUAGUCACAAUACCAACAUUAUACCCUUUAUAGUUAUACAUUUAAUAAUGAUGAUUAUUGUCAUUGAAUAUUAUAUGAAUUAAUAAAUUUAAAAAAUA